AUUUAUUCGAAAUACAAAGACAGUUAAUUUUUUUUAAAGCUAAGGUCAGGCUUGGUGAAGCCAUGUCACCUGGUCAAGCCGGCGUCAGUGACCAUCCUCCCAGAGAGGUCUUCGCACCACCAGGACAAUUUGCCCAAGCUGCCAGUGCCUCCACUGAGGCAGACAUUUGAGCGCUACCUGUUGAUGCUGGAGCCCCUGCUCAGUGAGGAGGAGCUGGAUCACACACGCAAGCUGGUCAAGGAGUUCCUCAUUCCUGGUGGGGUGGGGGACAGGUUGCAGAGAAGCCUGGAGCGCAGAGCCAGCAACAAAGAAAACUGGGUGGGUACAUACUGUAGUUGAACAGAGAAGGUCACAUAAAGAAGAGGGUUAUGUAGUAGGGCAGCGCAUGGCCCAAAGAGGUUGAAAGAAGAAUAGAAUAAGUCCUUAGAGGGAUACAGGCAGCAUAAAACAAAAUAUCCGUGUUGAUUGGCAGGAAAAGAUACCUGUAUUACAUCCAUUAUGCAAUUACUUAAAUGUAAUGUUUAUUCCAUCCAUUUCCCCCACAUUUCAAGAUUACAUUUAACAUUUACCCAUAGGUUUACUUCCUUGCAUAUGUCAUAACCUGUGAAUGUGUUUAGGAGAAAAUGAUCUGAUACUUGCUGGACUAUAGUAUUGUCAUUGCUGUUUAUGCAGCUCACAGAGUGGUGGAUGCAGUCAGCCUAUCUGGAUUCCCGGAUGCCUGUGGCAGUCUAUUCCAGCCCUGGGGUGGUCCUGCCCCGCAUGACCUUCCAAGAUCGCCAAGGACAAAUGAGGUGAGCAACAAGGAACCAUGCGUGUCUGAGACCACUGUACUGUAGGCCUAGAGACUGAAACCAGCCAUUGUGACAAGACAGUUUAGAUGCCCUCCCUCCAUCAGCCCUCCCGCCAUCACUGAAAAGUAUUUAUGGCUGCCCUACACAUAAAUGAAAAGCACAUGUUUAUAGGCCUACUGCUUCUUAAAAAGCAAGUUAGUAGAAAGUGAUUGACUUUAGUGUUGUAUUACACCAUAGCUCUUGUGAACUCGAGAAUAGGCUUGAGUUUCAUACUGACCUUUAGACAAACUUCCCCUUCGUGCUGGCUAUUUUAGGCACAUUGGCUGUUCAAAGCAUUGCUCAGCUUUUUUGGACCACAGUGACCAAUGGUGUACACAGUCAACAUUGUGGGCUUACGUGGCUUUUUAUUGAGCAUAACGUGUCAGCGAAUGUACUAUGAGAGAGAGCAUGCACACAUGAGCGUAAGAGUGGGCAGCCGUUGAGUUGUCUUCAGCUGAACCAUUCACGUAAACAUUUGCCGGUAUGUGGUACUGCUUCGACAUUACGGACAGUGCCAAACGUCUACAGUAGGCUAGAAGAGGAUACAGCAGACUCCAAUGCUCAUAUGAAAAGCCAAUGAUUCAACAAUAUACUGUACUGUACAGUGGUCCUCUGUAGCUCAGCUGGUAGAGCACGGCGCUUGUAACGCCAGGGUAGUGGGUUCGAUCCCCGGGACCAUCCAUACACAACAUUUAAAAAAAAGAUGUAUGCACGCAUGACUGUAAGUCGCUUUGGAUAAAAGCGUCUGCUAAAUGGCAUAUUAUUAUUAUUACACCAUCUUAGACACUAGACUAGAGUGACACAGACAGUUCACUAAAUGCAGAAAUAUAGAAUCAAAAUAGACAGAUGUUUGUUAUAAUAAUAAUCAUGGUCCUGAGUCUGACGUAAGCAAGUCUGGUUGGAGAUAAAAUAAUAAUAAUUGUUUAUUUUGACAUGCACCGGAUAGGUGCAGUGAAAUGUGUUGUUUUACAAGGUCAGCCAUAGCAGUAGUAUGGCGCCCCUGAAGCAAAUUAGGGUAGAUUAUGUGAAUAGAACAUGAGAUGGGGGAGCACUGAAAGGCUGAAUGUCAGUUGGAUGAAGAAAUACCAUAUAUGGUAUCAUUAUUAAUUAAUUCAACAAUGUUUUCUGCUCAGGUUUGCUGCAAAAUUGAUUGCAGGGGUUUUGGACUUCAAAAAAAUGAUUGACAGGUUAGUAAUAUUGAUAUAGAAAAUACUAUCUAUUUUAAUGAUAUACAGGUAACUGCCAAAAUGAUGGAAACUCUUGAGUAAAUGAGGGAUACAAAGUAUAUUGAAAGCAGGUGCUUUCACACAGAUGUGAUUCCUGAGUUAAUUAAGCAAUUAACAUCCCAUCAUGCUUAGGGUCAUGUAUAAAAAUGCAGGGCAGGCCAUUAUUUUAGCUACCAUGGCUACGCCCCCAUAGGAUGACAAUGCCGCCAUCCACAGGGCACAAGUGGUCACUUAAUGGUUUGAUGAGCAUGAAAACUAUGUAAGUCAUUUGCCAUGGCCAUCUCAGUCACCAGAUCUCCCAAUUGAACACUUACGGGAGAUUCUGGAGCGGUGCCUGAGACAGCGUUUUCCACUACCAUCAACAAAACACCAACUGAUGGAAUUUGUCGUGGAAGAAUGGUGUCGCAUCCCUCCAAUAGAGUUUCCAGACACUUGUAGAAUCUAUGCCAAGGUGCAUUUAAGCUUUUCUGGCUCGUGGUGGCACAACAGCCUAUUAAGACACCUUAUGUCGGUGUUUCCUUUAUUUUGUCAGUAACCUGUACAUCUAACGUGUUCGUCACCCUGGCUGACUCUAACUCUGUGUCACAGUGAGACCUUGCCUAUUGAGUAUUUGGGUGGGAAGCCUCUGUGUAUGGACCAGUACUACCAGAUCCUGUCCUCCUGUCGUAUCCCUGGACCAAAGAGAGACACUGUGGUCAACCACGCUAUCGGGAAAGUGGCCCCUAAUCACAUCACUGUGGUCCAUAACUUCCAGGUACACUAGAACUUUGUUUUGGUCUUUUUGAUGCUGCUUUAUGUUGCUACAACACAGAGAGGAAAUCAAUCACGUUGUUGCAUUGUUAGUUUAUUGUCUGUAACCCACUUAACCAGAUCUCAAAUGCUGAUUAGCCUUCUCCCUCUGGCCUUAGUUCUUUGUCCUGGAUGUGUAUAACAGCGAUGGCUCCCCACUGACUGUGGACCAGAUCUACAUGCAACUGGAGAAGGUCUGGAACUCGUCCCUGCAGAGCAACAAGGAGCCUAUCGGCAUUCUGACCUCCCAGCACCGCAACACCUGGGGCAAGGCCUACAACAACCUCAUCAAGGGUACGGCCAUGGAGGGGGGACAUCACUAUGACAGUGAGGGCUCAGAGGAGCAUAUAGGGUGACCCACCAAAUAAACAAAACCCUAACCCAUUCUUGAGCCAUGACGUAAGAGUAACUCUGUCGUAGCCGGCCGUGACCGGGAGACCCAUGGGGCGGCGCGCAAUUGGCCCAGCGUCGUCCAGGGUAGGGGAGGGAAUGGCCGGCAGGGAUGUAGCUCAGUUGAUAGAGCAUGGCGUUUGCAACGCCAGGGUUGUGGGUUUGAUUCCCACAGGGGGUAUGAAAAAAAGAAUAAUGUAUGCACUCACUUACUGUAAGUCGCUCUGGAUAAGAGCGUCUGCUAAAUGACUAAAAUGUAAAAUGUAAAUGUAAAUGGAACAACCUAUCACUUUGGACACACUGUUUUAGAGCAAUUGGUCUAUGAUUUCCUCUAGGUCCUUGUUGGGUUGCUUAUUGUAGCGUUUCUUUCCCUAGACAAGACAAAUAAGGAGUCUGUCCGUGCUAUCCAGAAAAGCAUAUUCACAGUGUGUCUAGAUGCCCCCAUGCCACAGAUGUCUGAGCAGCGGUACCAGAGUCGUGUCGCUGCCCAGAUGCUGCAUGGUGGAGGGAGUCGCUGGAACAGUGGCAACCGCUGGUUUGAUAAGACGUUACAGGUGAGCUCUGAGACUAGAGCUAUAGAACAAAGGUUGCAUCCUCCCAGAUAUUGUACUUCAUAUUUUUAAUCACAAGCCUCUUGCAAUUUUUAUAAUGUUUGUUAUUUAAUCCCCAGUUUAUUGUGGGUGAAGAUGGUACCUGUGGUCUGGUGUAUGAGCAUGCCCCAGCUGAAGGCCCACCCAUUGUCUUCUUGGUGGAUCAUGUGGUUGAGUACAUGUAAGGCAUUACAGGAUAUAUUUCAUUCAUUGAUUAAUGGUACACAGUAUUUCUAUGGUCACUGUGUACUCUAGAGAAGAACUUCGGCACAGAUUGCUGGUUGCAAUGGCUAUUUUUCCAACCGGAUCAGGUGCAUUAUGCCUGAGCAUAGCAAGCAUUUUGAAGAUUUCCUAUUGUCAAGUUCAGAUAGUGCCUCAUCUUUUUAAAAACUUGGUUAACUAUCAUUUGGAGCCUACUGACCAUGACCAGGCUGUGACCAUGACCCUGGCCUACUGACCAUGACCAGGCUGUGACCAUGACCCUGGCCUACUGACCAUGACCAGGCUGUGACCAUGACCCUGGCCUACUGACCAUGACCCAGGCUGUGACCAUGACCCUGGCCUACUGACCUUGACCAGGCUGUGACCAUGACCCUGGCCUACUGACCAUGACCAGGCUGUGACCAUGACCCUGGCCUACUGACCAUGACCAGGCUGUGACCAUGACCCUGGCCUACUGACCAUGACCAGGCUGUGACCAUGACCCUGGCCUACUGACCAUGACCCUGGCCUACUGACCAUGACCCUGGCCUACUGACCUUGACCAGGCUGUGACCAUGACCCUGGCCUACUGAAUGUUACCCUGCCUCUCUUGAAAGAGGCAAUCAGCAGUUGCUACAUCCAUCAUUUUAUACCCAUUGAUUCUUGAAGAAUAUAACUUAUAAAUGCCUCAUGAGCUUAGUUUAACUGUCGUACCACAUCAACCCAUAAUAUAAGCAUGUUUUAGUCCAAUGUUUGUAAACAAAGUAAAGGGAAACAAACACUGUUUAGCCUCAAAACAUGGUUAAAACUACCAACAUGGAUGGUCAGUCCUUGCAUCCAUAGCUCUGUCUAUGAAUUUGAGUGGUUACAUUUCUCCAGCCCCAUCCCUCAGCUUUUUACCGAAACAGUGGCGGGGCUUUGUUAUUGUUUCAACUGCUGAUUGGCCCUUUGAGGUGUAAUGUUUUGUGUUGUUUAAACAGGAGGAGGAUGGAGGUAGUACGCACUCCCAUGACCCCUCUGCCCAUGCCUCCCAAACUGCGUUUCAACAUCACACCUGAGGUGAAGAAGGAUAUUGAGUCGGCCAAGCAGAAUAUGAACAUGUAUGUACAGUCUGUUUCAGUUUUCCUAGCAGUUUCUAUUCAAACGUGUCUUUGAAGUGUUUCUCACUCUUUGGCUGACUCUUUUAUUCCCCAGAAUGUCACAUGACUUGGAUGUGAACGUGGUCUUCUUUUCUGACUAUGGGAGAAAUGUUCCAAGGGCGCACAAGUUGAGUCCAGAUGCUUUUAUACAAAUGGCUCUACAGCUUGCCUACUUCAGGUGGGUUUCAUUAAAUUUUUACUCUAACAAAACAUCAUCUGAAACUUCAGUUGGGUUAUCUUAACCUGUCACUUUGACACAUUUGAGACUUACUGCUCUUUCAUGUUUCAGAAUGUAUAAGAUGUGCUGUUCCACCUAUGAGAGUGCGUCCUUGCGUAUGUUUGCACUUGGUCGAACAGACACCAUCCGCUCCUGCUCCAACGAGUCGCUCAAAUUUGUCCAGGCGAUGGAGGACCCAGCUAAACCGGUGAGUCAACUAUGAAACCUGGAUGUUGACAGUAAAUAGACAUUAACCACUGACUGUUACUGUACUGCAAUGAUGUAUGUUUUUCCUAUAUGUUGACAGAACACAGAGAAGGUGUCUCUAUUGGACAAGGCAUGCCAAGCCCACAGAGAAUCCACUCAUAUGGUGAGGACUGGAACUCUGCAUCAGUUUUUGAUGGAAAUCUACAUUUACUGUAAUAAUCCAUGCUUGUCCCCACUCACUGCAAUGUACAUUUUUAUUUUGUGCUUUUAUGUAUGUCCAUUACUGAGCAGGCAAUUCAUGGCCAGGCCAUAGACAGACAUCUCCUUGGCCUGAAGUUGCAGGCGAUUGAAGAAUUGACGUCCAUGCCAGAGAUAUUCAUGGAUACAGCCUAUGCUGUGGCUGAACAUUUCAAUCUCUCCACCAGCCAGGUAUGCAAGCUGUUUACGUGAGAUAUUAAGCAUCCCAAAAUGCAACAUAUAAGAAGACAAGUUGCAGACCUGUAGCCAGUGGCAACAUGAUUAAGAACAUAGUACUUGUAUGUACAAUGUAAGGUUUGGUACUAAUUUUAGUUUAUUAGACAAUAAGGUUUGGACCACAUUUGUAAAUGCUAAUGCCUGAAAGGUAAUUUUUCACUGUCUCUUCUUCAGGCUGGUGCUAAGACAGACUGUGUGAUGUGCUUCGGUCCAAUGGUGCCGGAUGGCUAUGGAGUAUGUUACAACCCCAUGGCAGACCACAUCAACAUUGCCAUUACAGCCUUCAACAGCUGUGAAGAGACACAUGCUGCCAACUUUGGCCGGGCUGUGAAGAAGGCUCUGAGAAACAUGAGGUCUUUGCUGGAGGAGACAUCUAAGGCCAAGCAGUGA